AUGCUACAUGAGGACUUUUUACAGUUCUUUGAAAUUGAAAGUUUGACCGGUGAUGCCUUGCCAAAUUCCAUAUUAAAUGGUUUAAAUAGAUGCGGUCUAUAUUGUAAUUAUUUAUAUGGCCAGGGCUACGAUGGGGCCAGUAAUAUGGCUGGCCAAUUUAAAGGAGUCCAAACUCUUGUACGGUCUAAAUAUCCCAAAGCCUUGUAUGUGCACUGUGCUGCACAUUCCUUGAAUUUGGCAGUUUCAACAGCAAGUGGAAUAAAACCUAUCAGAAAUUGUUUAGGAUUAAUCGAAAAAGCAUACACAUUUUUUAACACCCCCAAAAGGAAUUCUAUUCUUCUACAUAAAAUAGGAGAUAGUGUUGGUAUUGAAUUGCAAAAAAAAAGAACAACUACAAAACAAACUCAAAGAGCUAAUCCAAUUCUUCAAGAAGACUCAAUAUUGAACAAUACUAUCGAAUCACAGUGUUCUUACCAUAUGUUGAUUAUUUUAUUUCUCAACUUACUGAACGAUUUAUAA